AUGAAAUUUUAUAUCGAUGAGCUACCUGUCCUUUUCCCAUAUCCAAAGAUCUACCCCGAGCAGUACUCUUACAUGGUAGAUCUGAAGAGGACACUGGAUGCAAAAGGGCAUGGCGUUCUAGAAAUGCCCUCAGGUACAGGCAAGACGGUUUCUUUGCUUAGUCUCAUUAUAAGUUAUCAGAGAUUUUACCCUGCAAGCAGAAAGCUGGUCUACUGCUCCCGCACGGUGUCUGAAAUUGAAAAGGCAUUGGCUGAGCUUAAGCGCUUGAUGGCCUACCGAGCCAAAUACAACACCAAUUCAUCUCUGGCCGAUGGUAGCGAGCCUAUGGACGUGGAAGAUAAUGACAUAAAGUCUGGAAUGGAAGACAUUCUUGCACUGGGUUUGAGUAGUCGAAAGAAUAUGUGUGUGCACCCGGUUGUAAGUCAAGAACGCAAAGGUAAAGUGGUCGACGCACGCUGCCGAGACAUGACCAGUGCAUGGGCCUGUGAAAAGGGCAGGCAAGAACCAGGGUCCGUGGAACUGUGUGAUUUUCAUGAAGAGCUUGGAAAGCUAGACCCAGGACAUCUCAUACCUCAUGGCGUGUGGACGAUUGAAGAGCUCAUUGAGUAUGCGAAAGAUAAGGGCAUCUGUCCGUACUUUGCCGUGCGGCGCAUGAUGGCAUUCUGUGAUGUGAUCAUUUACAGUUUCCACUACUUGCUGGACCCUAAGGUGGCCGAGCAAGUCAGUAAAGAGAUCAGCAAGGAUGCUAUUGUGGUCUUUGAUGAAGCACACAACAUCGACAAUGUGUGCAUUGAAUCUUUAAGUAUUGAUUUGACGCGACCAAUCUUGGACAACGCGUACCGUUGCGUGAAUCGACUAGCUGAGAAGGUUGACGAAGUGAAACAAGUGGAUUCGGCGCGGCUUCAGGAUGAGUACUUGCGACUCGUCGAAGGAUUGCAGCAACAGAGUGACGAACGUGAGGCUGAAUCGUUUAUGGCAAAUCCUGUUUUACCCGACGACUUGCUGCAAGAGGCGAUUCCUGGAAGCAUCCGUCGUGCUGAGCAUUUUGUCGCAUUCUUGCGCCGAUUUGUCGAAUACCUGAAAACACGGAUGCGUGUGUUGCAUGUCGUUGCUGAGACACCAGCGAGCUUCUUGCAGCACCUCAAAGAAAUCACUUUCAUCGAGAGAAAACCACUGCGUUUCUGUGCCGAACGUCUUCGAAUGCUUGUCCAAACACUGGAGCUCACUCGUAUCGAUGAAUACACAGCUCUUCAAACCGUGGCAUUCUUCGCUACACUGGUAUCCACAUACGAUAAGGGCUUCUUGCUGAUUCUUGAACCGUUCGAAACGGAACAGGCCACCGUUCCUAAUCCCAUUUUCCACUUCACGUGUCUGGAUGCCAGCCUGGCUAUUGCGCCCGUAUUUGAGCGCUUCAGCAGUGUGAUUAUAACGAGUGGUACCAUUAGUCCUCUUGAUAUGUACCCUAAAAUGCUGCGCUUUGAUACCAUCGUGCAAGAAAGCUAUACUAUGACACUCACUAGACAGUGUUUCUUACCACUUGUGAUCACACGUGGAAGUGAUCAGGUUGCCAUCAGCUCAAGGUUUGAAGUUCGAAAUGAUCCAUCAGUCGUAAGAAACUAUGGAAAUAUAUUGAUUGAAUAUUCACGCUGUAUUCCUGAUGGCGUGGUGGCUUUCUUUCCUUCAUAUCUUUAUAUGGAAAGCAUCGUUGCUGCAUGGCAUGAUAUGGGUAUUUUGGAUGAGGUGUGGAAGCACAAACUCGUUUUUAUCGAGACCCCCGACGCCCCUGAAACCAGCAUUGCGCUUGAAAACUAUCGCAGGGCAUGUGACAAUGGACGCGGUGCUGUUCUUCUUUCCGUGGCUCGAGGAAAAGUAUCAGAAGGUAUCGACUUCGAUCACAACUACGGGCGCGCUGUCAUCAUGUUUGGUGUACCAUACCAAUAUACCGAGUCGCGUAUUCUCAAGGCACGCCUAGAGUUUUUGCGUGAAAACUUCCGCAUCAAGGAAAAUGAUUUUCUGACGUUCGAUGCUAUGCGUCAUGCUGCUCAAUGCGUGGGUCGUGUGUUGCGUGGUAAGUCUGACUACGGUAUCAUGGUGUUUGCCGACAAAAGGUUUGCUCGUUCAGAUAAACGCGCCAAGCUGCCAAAAUGGAUUGCACAGUACAUUGAGCCUGUGUUCAGUAAUUUGUCGACGGAUAUGGCCAUUGUGGAAAGUAAGCGAUUUAUGCGCACGAUGGGUCAGCCCUUCCCCGCCGGAAAGAAUGGUAUUAGUUUGUGGGAUGUGGACGACAUUGAACGACGUCAACAAAAAGAACGCGAUGCUUUCGAGCGCCUCAUGCAGCAAGACUCUGAUUCUUGGGUGGCGAAACACCUUGCCGAUGCGGAAACGACGUCCAAAGAUAGCAAAGACCCGUCCACUGCCUUGCAUGAGCUGGCGGACGAGUUUGAUGCAGAAUUCGGGACAGGCACCGAGCUGACCCAAGUCACAGUACCUUGA